AUGGGUGGCCAGCAACUCUUCGAUAAUGAUGUCUCCCCGCUUCAGCCCCAAAUCCUUUCCUCCAAUUUCCCUAUCAAACUUCAAGUCAGGAGACUUCGAAACCAACACGGGUCGAAUUUACGCCUCCUAUGGGAGUAUGAGACACACAACACCUACAUCCUGAAUGGCUGGGGAUUCACCAUCUACCGUGCGGCCUUCGGUCCAGGUUUCGACGAACGCUUUGCAGCCGGCCUCAAACGUCUUGAAAAUUGGUUACGGUUUAUAGUACGGCAGAGUCGCUACGAUGCGUUCGGAAAGCGACAGGACUUACCGUCCGAUCCCGAUUCGGAUGCGGCCGCUUUGCUGGCUGAACGCCUCUGGAACGAGGUAGUGGAGGAAUAUCCAGACAAGGAGAAGAACAUCUCGGGCGGAGAGGAGGGAAGCGAGGACUUUGCGCCUGUCGGUAAGGCCUUUAUCCGCUGGGCCAACGAGCUGGGCAAAGAUUUAUCGCAGCGCAAUGCCAGGUACCAUCACUGUCUGGUUCUGGAUGAGACUGCAUUGAAUUCUACUCUCGAGGGUUCACUUGAGAAGGUGCCUGAGUUGAAAUCACGUCCAGCCGGGUCGCAAGAGGGCCGUGAGCUCACGCUCACCUGCGAGGGGCUUGGGUAUGGGUGCUGGGCCGCGAAACAAUGA